AUGAAGACCUUCGCCGUCGUCUCCCUCGCCACCGCCCUCCUCACCACCUCCGUCGCCGCUCAAGACCAAUACCGCAUCAACCCAGAGUCCGUGAGCGAAAGCCUCCGCACCUUCUGGUGCGACCAACAACUCGCCCAAUGCCCUCUCAUCUGCUCGCAAACGGUGGAAUCAGCGAGCUUGGAAACCAACAGCAACGACUGCACCGCCUCGGACCUCACCUACUCGUGCGUCUGCGACAACGGCUUCUCCCCCAACGUCUCCGAAUACUCCCAGACCCUCCCCUUUUUCAUCUGCCAGGAAUGGGGCACCCAAUGCGUGGCCAAUUGCGGAAAUGGAAACACGGCCUGUCAGUCUAGCUGUACGGCCGACCACCCCUGUGGUGCACAGAACCCCACGAGGCAGAACACGAGCACCUUGACAUCCACCAUGUCGAGUACUGCGAAGAGCGGCGGUGCUUCGGAUGCCUCCACAACGGCGAGUGAUGGUGGGCAGGUGGUGACCAGCGAUGGUGUCACGGCGACGCUGUAUGGAAUGGCUACUUCCAAGUCGGGUGGUGGUGAUACUUCCAAUGCCAUUUCCCACGUCAGAGUGUGGGCGCUCAGCGCUGGGCAGACAUUUGGUACCAUGGCCCUCUUCGGUGCCAUGGUCGGUGGCUUUGCCGUUCUCUUGUGA